GAUUAUGGUUUUUCACUCACUCACCGGGUCUUUCUGUGUCGGUAUCUGUUUCAAUUCCCAGGUGCUGCUGCUGCUGCUUGCGACCGUGCUUUGCCAUUGACACCCGAAUCGAUCCGCAAUCCUGGAUGUUGUCCUCGUUCUGCAUCGUCCUGCCGGCAGGGCCUCCCCUUUCACCGCCGCCUCCGAAGUGAUGAUGAGUAAUCGAAACUUGCUGCCAAGUGGAUAAAGUGGCAGGUGAGAGAGACAGAUACGAACUGAUACGUGGGUGGGUGUGCGUGUGAGGGAGUGCGAAGGAACUACAUCGGAAUUUGAAACACGACAACACCCCGGCACCAACAACACUUGAAUCACAGGGGACGGAUUAAACGUACGAUGAGCUAUCAGCAAGGAAAGAGUCGUCUCUAUCCAAGAUACUCGCUGAACUCGUCGGACAACGAGGACACCCCAAUCCAUCGGUCGAUCUACGCACAGCCCUACAACUCACAGCUCCAGCAACAAUCUCAACAGCAGGUCCAAUCCAAUCUACCGAUAGUGCUGGGCGGAGGAUUGCAAAGCAAUAGCAGUCACAGUUACCGCAGCUCGACUAAGAGUUCUUCCGGAAUUGGAAGUGGCAGUGGUCAUCAGCAGCACCAGCAGCAGAUUACGACCCCGUCGUCGGACAAUGGCUCGAGUGCAACACUGACGGACGCGGAAGCGGCACUGGCGAGGGAAAAUACGCUGCUUGUUAAUAACGGUACGUAG